GGCGGGUCGAGGGAGGCGCGGUCUCUGAAGUUCAUGGCGCGGCUGUUGCUAGUACGCGGCCCAUUUAUGCGGCCUCUGGGUGGCCGACUUUGGCGUCUCUUGCCUCGUGGACUCGGGCUUUGGGGCUCGGCCGAAGGAUCCGCGAGAGUGUUGCUGAGGCAGUUCUGCGCGCGGCAAGAGGAGGUGUGGCGGGCCUCGGGGCUCGCUGGCAGGUGCCUGGGAAGCCAACCCCUGAGCACUGCGGUGCCACCAACCCCCGGGUCCUCGGGGCCCGAGCAGCAGGGCCGCAGAGACCCCACGCGCCCCUCGAAGCCCGGGCCUGUUUCCUGGAAGUCUUUAGCAGUCACAUUUGCUAUUGGAGGAGCUUUAUUGGCUGGAAUGAAGUAUUUCAAGAAAGAAAAGGAAGAAAAGCUGGAAAAGGCACGGCAGCGAAGCAUCGGAAAGCCUUUACUUGGGGGCCCAUUUUCCCUCACAACUCAUACAGGAGAACCUACAACGGAUAAGGACUACCUGGGACAGUGGGUACUGAUUUAUUUUGGUUUCACUCAUUGCCCUGAUAUCUGUCCAGAAGAACUAGAAAAAAUGAUUCAAGUCGUAGAUGAAAUAGAUGAUAUUCCAUCUCUGCCAAAUUUAACUCCACUUUUCAUCACCAUUGACCCAGAGAGGGACACAAAAGAAGCCAUCGCAAAUUACGUGAAAGAAUUUUCUCCCAAACUGAUUGGCUUGACUGGCACAAAAGAAGAAAUUGAUCAGGUGGCCCGUGCGUAUAGGGUGUAUUAUAGCCCUGGUCCAAAGGAUGAAGAUGAUGAUUACAUUGUGGAUCAUACAAUAAUAAUGUACUUGAUUGGACCAGAUGGUGUGUUUCUAGAUUAUUUUGGCCAGAACAAGAAGAAUGGAGAAAUAGCUGGUUUAAUUGCCACACACAUGAGGGAACACAGGAAAAAGAGCUAGCCAAACCAGCACUGCAGGAUGCAAUAUUCUCUUGCUGAAGAGGAAGGAAGCUUUGUCUCCCAUAGGAGCCAACAUAUAUAUGCAACCUACAGGAUGACCUUAGUACUAUGAAAACAUCUCCAUUUUGGAUGAGAUGUUACCCUUGGGUUGAGCCAAAAUAGAUUCUUGGAAAUGUAAAGAUUAUAACCUGAAGUCUUCCAAGCAGCUUUGGUAAGACCAGAAGACCAGAUUAAAGUGCAGCCAGUGAAGAGCGGACCUUGCGGAAGGCAUAGCGGGGAGCGGCACAGCCUUUUCCCCUGGUGAACAGGCCCCCAGACAGCUUCCCUGCCUCUCCAGUGUGUUGGACCCCUGCUCAUACAGGAUACAGGUGAUGGGACUGAAUUGUGCAGAAAAGAAUGUAAUUCCCAUAGUGCUUUAGCUUUCCUCCUCUUGAAUUCAUUACUCUUAAGUUCCUGGUGGCUGAUAACAGUCAAGUUACAAUGGGUUCUCUGCUGUUCAGAGUUAAUCUUUAUACUUGAAAGUUUAAGUUUCGUCUUCCUUGUUCAUGAAUAUCAUUGUCAGGUUUGCCUUUCAUGCCCCGUCAGCAGGUACUGAUUUGAUUAAUGAAGGGGAAAUCUAUUUGGAGAAAACCUUUAGUCCACUUUCAGUAGGGGGUCUUCAUUAUAUAAGUUUUAAGUAAAUGUGCCUGAUUUUCAGUGACCAACCAAAUGGAAAUAGAAAGAUACUGAUUAUAAGUGUGAUACAGAGUAUUUUUUUGCAUAUAGGAGAUUGCACUGUGUGUAAAAUAAAGGUGUAUUUGGUUUUGUAACUCAAGCAAGCAUGGGCGUUCUUACGGGUGAAGUGGGCACACAGACAGCACACAGCUCUCUGGGCAGAGAACUCAGAUUCCGGGGGUGGGAAGGUGGGUGCUUGUUGAAAUGCAGGUUCCCAGACCCAGAGCUGAAUUCAUUGAGUCUGGGGUAGGAUGUAGAGACUGCAUUCAGAACAGAUAUCCCAGGUGACUCAGAUGCUGGUGGUUUUGGAACUAUGCCUUAAGAAAGUAUUUUGGGGUAAAAUAGCGUGUCAGCCAAAAAACUGUUGACUGAUAGAAUGAAUUUUGACCUGUGUUCCUAAAUUUAACUGCCCUGGAUAUCAGGGCUUGAUUAUAUCACCUUUUCCACCUGAAAUUGCUGUCCUCGGGCAAGGUUCUCUGAAAAUUUUUCAGCAAAUCCUAAGAUGCAGCAAGUGUAAUGCCUAGUCAGAGGAUUCGUUUUACGCAUCAGUUGUUUUUACAUGCAUAUGAGAUCUUUUGGUUUUUAAAUUUUCAAUACUUACGUUAAACCUAAUGUAAGUAUUUAUAUCAAAGUAAAAGUAUGAGAAAAAGAAGUUAGAGGCUAAAUUAUGUCUCCCAAAAUUCACGUGCUGAAUUUCCAUUCCUGUUACUAAUAUCAGGACUAAAUAUUAUAUUAGGACUUAUAGAUUAUUUAAUUAAACCAGUGGUUAGUUUUCUGGUUUCUUCUCAUAAAAAGUGGUAAGCAGAAUUUAGGCAGUAAUGAAUCAUUUCAAUACUUCAGAAUGUGACUGUAUUUUGAGAUAGAAUCAUUAAAGAAGUGAUUAAAAUAAUGCUGUUAGCUACAUCCUAAUCCAGGAUGGCUGGUGUUCUUAAAACAGGUUAGACCUGUGUUUGCACAGUGAGAAGGCCAUGUGAAGGCGGAAGGCAGCCCUCUACUAACCCAGGGGAGAGGUCUCCACAGGAAACUGACUCUGCUGAUACCCUGAUUUGGUUUUCUGUUUUGAUUUUUAUUGGUUUGUUUGUUUGUUUUUCUUUUUUGAGAUAUAGAUAGCUCUGUUGCCUGAGCUAGAGUGCAGUGGCAUCAUCAUAGCUUAUUACAACCUCCAACUUUGGGCUCAAGCAAUCCUGCCUCAGCCUCCUGAGUAGCUAUGACUGCAGGCAAACCCACUGUGCCCAGCUAAUUUUUUUAUUUUUGUAGAGAUGGGGUCUCACUGUGUUGCAUAGGCUAGUCUCCAGCUCCUCACCUCAAGUGAUCCUCCUACCUGGGUUUCCAAAGUGCUGGGAUUUCAGGCAUGAGCCACCACACCCACUUUGACACAUGGAUUUUGGCCUUCUACACUCCAGAACGGUGGGAGAAAAUAAACGUCUUGUUUAAGCCACUUUAUCUG